AGAAGCUCAAGUUUGUAAUAGCUCAACGCACGAGAUUACUUAUUAUUUAAAUGUCGAGAAUGCGAAAAAAGUAGCAUUGUGCAUCACACUAGGUUUCAUUCUCUAUCAUGGCGUGAUUCAUGCGAAAUAUGGUAACAAUUCUUGUAAAUGGAUAUUGAGUGAUGGACGAUUCCCAGGGUACAACAUGUGGCAGCCAUAUGGCUGCAUGAUGCAUAAAUACACCAAAAGUGAUGCCAGAAUGUGUAUGCAGUACAUUUCGUACUGGGGAGGCCACAACCAUAUCGCCUUCGUAGGAGAUUCACGAAUCCGACAGCUGUAUUACGAGUUGGUCUCCUUAUUGACCACAGGUGAUCAGAGUGAGGCGGGCAAGCGGGAGAAAGCCCACACAGACAUGGUGUUCCAUGAUGAAUUCAUCAACGUCAAAGUGGAAUUCCUCUGGCACCCAAUGGUUAACCUGUCCAUGUUUCAUGUGUACAAAAGCUGGUCCCAGGCCCAGUCACGAUCCAGACCUAACUUCAUCGUAACAGGAAGUGCCACGUGGUGUAUCAAAACAUUUAAUGGCAGUGAGGCUGCCAAAAAGAGUUUCUAUGCCAACCUAACAACGAUCAUUCCACAAAUGAGCAAACUCAAGAGCUCCACAAAAAUCCUGUGGAUGCUUCAAGAUCCAGUGUAUGAGGAAAACUUGCACCCCAACAGGUCCAUGAUCACUAAUGAUCAGGUAGACGAUUACAACAAGAUGGCCAUCAGCGUUCUCUCAAACAGUCCUGUGGAAAUCUGGACGUCCUCCCGACUUGUGGGUCAAGGUUUACAGAAGGAGUUUGCUGAUGGCCUUCAUGCUUCGAAGUCUGUUCUAGAACAUGACAUCCAGAUGUUGAUGAACGUGUACUGUAACAAUCACAUGAACUACAACGAUGGCACAUGUUGUAGUGAGCCAGAGCCCGCCACAACCCUCCAGAUCAUCACCGCUGCCACAUUCCUAGUCUUUACCAUUUGUGCAAUAGUGAUGAUCAUUUACCGACGAAAAACAAGGCGCAAUGGUAUUAAAACCAGGGCAGAGAACGGGCUGCGUAACGCUCAGUCUGAGGCUCAGCAGGAGAAGGCUCAGGGUGUGUAUGAAGUUCUGACCUCCGUGUCAAAACUAGGGGUCAUCAUGGGCUAUUUUUACCUCUGUGACAGGACGAACUUUUUCAUGAAGGAGAACAAGUACUAUACCCACGUGAACUUCUUCCUCCCUUUGGCCUACGUGAUGGUCCUGGGCUUUUUCUUCACAGAGAGCUCAGAGCAUACGACAGUUCUUCACCGUGAUCAAACUGAUGAAUGGAAAGGUUGGAUGCAACUUGUCAUUUUGAUCUACCACCUGACUGGGGCUAGUAAGGUGUUGCCCAUUUACAUGCACAUCCGUGUGUUUGUGUCAAGUUACCUGUUCUUAACGGGCUAUGGGCAUUUCACUUACUUCUGGAACAAAGGAGAAUAUGGGAUGUUCCGUCUGUGUCAGCAUGGGUGUCGUCACUGCCCUCUGUACUGGCAUAUGAGAAAGAAUGGUCUGCGUCGUCUGUUAGAAGUGUUGUUUCGCCUGAACAUGUUGGUGGUGCUGCUGUGUUUCGUGAUGAAUCGGCCGUACCAGUUCUACUACUUCGUCCCCCUGGUGUCAUUCUGGUUUAUUGCUGUAUACGUGACCAUGGGGCUGUGGCCACAAGUAAACUUCAGCACAGCAGAAAGCAAUGUGCUGCAUUAUUUUUAUUUAAUUCUCAAGCUGGUCCUCCUGACAGUUGUUGUCACUCUUCUGUUUCUGUCGGAGGUGUUUUUUGAAAAAGUGUUUCUGAUGAGACCUUUGAAGGCAUUGUUUGUCACAAGUGAUGAUUCAAUCCACGAAUGGAGGUUUAGGUGGCAGGUUGAUCGAUAUAGUGUGAUAUUUGGGAUGGUGUUUGGCUUGGGGUACCAGCUUUUGGUCAAGCAUCGGCUCAUGGACGACACAAAAUCAGGCAACCUGUUCACCAAAAGUCUUUCGGUGGUCUUGCUGGUCUUGUCCCUGCUAGCCCUGGGGAGCUACUCAGCAUUCGCCUUCCUGUGUCGUAACAAACCUGAGUGCAACAACACUCAUCCUUAUAUAGUCUUUGUGCCAAUUGUCUCUUUCAUCUUGUUGAGGAAUAUCCCCGGCAGCCUGAGAACAAGAUAUAGCUCAUUUUUUGCCUGGUUUGGGAAAAUCUCGUUAGAGCUGUUCAUCACCCAGUAUCACAUCUGGCUUGCGGCCGACACCCACGGUCUGGUUCUCGUGCCCGGGUACCCUGUCCUUAAUGUGAUCAUUACAUCAUUUAUAUUCAUUUGUAUCAGCCAUGAGAUCUCCAAGCUCACCGGCAAACUUUCCAAAUAUGCCAUUCCCAGUGACUGCAAGUCCCUCGUCAGGAACUUCAUCUGUUUUAUGAUCAUUUUAUUACCCAUUGGCAUUUCCAAUGGUAUGUUCAGUCUCUGAAGGAGGGGACGUUAAGGAGAACCAAAUCAUGUGGAUAUUUACUGUGAUAUUUGCGUUUUCCUUACGGCACAUGGGCAUCGCUCUCUACCAUCACUUAGCCUCACAGCCAUAAGUUCAGAAUUUGGCACGGAGAUCUUAAUGAACACUAAGGUCAGUGGGGCAAUGGUGCUGAAUCUGGAAAUAAAGUCAGAGUAAAAUUCUGUCUCUCAACCAUUGUUUCUGUUCAGACUUGAUACUGAUGUGUGCAUUUUUAUGUACAAGGAGAUUCCAACGGACAGGUAAGCCAUUUUUUGGAUGAAUGCUGUAGGUUUGUGAGAGAACAUCAAUGACUUAUUAAAAGAAACCCACAAUUGUCAAACAAAGUCCAAAGAUCAAACUCGCCAAAUGGUGGCUGUCUUGCAAAAUGUUAUGUAUGUUAAAGAAACAUAUUGCUGAUGGCAAAGAAAUUGUGCUGCUAAUUCAGUUGCCAUCUUUAGGAGGUUGAGAUGUCCAGAUGUCAACUGAUAUUUAUGUUAUUUAUGAACGAAAGAUGUCCAGUGAGCUUCAAAUGUCAUACACGUUAUACGUGGUAGUGUUGUAAUUGUGUAACCUUCCAUGUAGAUGUGACUUCAGUUUUGUCGUACCCGUGACUAAUGUAAUAAUAUAUUAAUGUCAGUAUGUUCUAUUAGCCCCAGGUGGUACAGAUGGUUGGAAGUUGCGAAUACUUUUGAGUACUUUGUAAUACAUUAUCCUUAUAAAGGAAGGUCGUAUUUGGUUUACUGGACUUAUCGCUUUCAAUCUGACAUGCAUGAUCCAGGAGUCAACGUUGCAUGGAGGGAAUUUUUGUGCUGCCUCAUUUGCAUGUUAUCUCGGGCGGACAGUUAAGACGAGUGAGAGAUUUCCCCUGAGGAUUCUUUUAAUUGAGAUUUUUUGGAAAAUGCAGGCCCAGGGCGUUUAGUUAGGGGUCAAAUGAAAUUCAUUUUUGUAUUUAACUUUAUAGUGAAACUUUAUGCCGUUAAAUGCUGUACUAAGUUCUUAGUACAAACCUGACAGGAUUUAUAACCAUGGCAACUUGAUGUCUAUAAUUUUUGCACUGUAUAAGUUAUCUCCCUUGACGUGAAAAUGAAUUUACAAUGAUGUACACGUUAGAUCAAAUAAGUACGUUUAAGAUAAUAUAAGAAAACUGUAAAUGACUUUAUGGUUUAUUGUGUUGAUCAUGGACAGUGAUUACUGUCAGUCUCCUGUCGACGAAUGCGGUGCGUUCAGCAUUCAAUAUACCCUAUUCCAUCUAAUUUUUGGGAUCCCUCGUCUGUUCUUUUUAGCCAGUAUACAUGUAAUUGUAGCAGGAAUAUUGGUUUUCUUUUUUCUCACAUGGUUUGACCAUCUAAUGGAUAACAUACUCACAUCUUUAACUUUCCAAAAGGCUGGUAAAGAAAUUUAAUAUUCAGCUUUUAGCACUAGUAAUAUCUGUCCCAAAAAUUAGAAGAAUGAGGGUAACAUUGAUGUUCCUUUUAUGUGACAUCUGUGGAGUAUUUGACCGUCGUGAACAAGGUUAAGCCAUUGUAACCGCCUGCCAAGCUGGGUUCUGUCAGUAACUGUAGACAGCGUUUGGGGUUAGAUAAUAACAUUGUAUGAUCCACUAGUCCUGACUCACCAUUGUUUACAAGGACCUGUACGUAGUGGAUCGCAGUAUUUCCAGUGAUGUUACAUUCUAACGUUUAACAAUAUGUAAACAGUAUGCAUGUAUGUACAGGCUAUUUUUUAAAAAUGUUUUCACGUUAGUUUUUUUAUUAUUAUGAUCAUAACUCAUUGGCAUGCAGUUAUGAUGCUGUGCUACUAAAAAUCACCGUAUUAGGUAAUGGUGGUAUAACUGAGAAAGCAGAGCUGUCCAUGUACAUGAUUCUAAUCAGUCAGGUGUGUUACUUUGAUCAUCAUGUAACUUUGAUACUUUAUCUUUUGAAAAGUUUAUUGUUUCAAGCAAAGAUUAUAAGGAACAGGGUUAUCCCCACUGACAGUACAUGUAUAUAUACGAACCAGCAUUAGAGAUUUGUGACCGUACACUGUAAAAAAGAAAAAAAAAAGCACCAGUACCGCAUACAGCUAGCAAUGUGUAAUGCAUAAAUCACUACUUCACCUAAUAAUACUGUAAAAGUAGUAAGUUUUGUCCUGAAAUGCUCGAUCGUCUCGCUUUUGGUGACACAUUCUUCUCUAUAAUGGUAGAAAUGAACAUCAGUCCCGAAACAGUCGAAAACAGGGUUAUUUAUUCCACAUGCUUUACAGAUAUGUAUGCAAUAGCCUCAGGUCCACCGCGUUGACUAUAGAACUGGCGCUAGGCACCUAUAGCAGGAACCGUAUUCCUUAACCUGAAAGAAGAUAAAUUUUAGGUAAAAUACAGUAAUUAAUUUACUUACUCCCCUAGUCCAAGUCCUAUUAAAGGUCCUAGUCCAAAUUGUUUACACGUUUUAGUGUAAUAUAACCUUAAUAAAUGAAUAUCAUUUUAUCUGUUGUAGUAUAUUAUCUCACAGCAGUAUGGUUUUUAAAGCUGGAUAGUAAGAAAUUUUGUUAUAAAAAUGUACAUGUAGUCUAUUUGGUAAGAUUCUGGUGUAGGAUGUGUUACUGUAUGGAGUUUGUUGUAACCGCGUGUUGCUGCACCUAUUGUAAAACAAAUGACACUCCACACCCAUUCCCCAGCAUGCCUAUGGUUUUUGAAUAAUUAUGACGUCACCCGCGGCAAUGAGAUUUUUGUGUCGAAAUGGGGCUUACAGAAUUCAACAUCAUGAAUUAGAAAAAGUGUUAGAAUUUGAUUUUCUUUGCAAGAAUAUGAACUUCGUUCGUUCCCCCCACCCCCAACACAAAGACUAAGGUUAUGUUGUUUUUUGUCUUUCUUUUAAGUUAUAAGCAUGACCUUCAGACACAUAAAAAACUGCUCCACCAGUCAGAAACAUUUACACGCGAAAGACAAACAUACGUUUUUGUUUGAUUUUCUGUAUUUUUCGAAUGCGUUUCCAGUUUAUUUGAUAAUCAAUACUUUUGGUACUGGACUGGAGUUUAUACAUUUGUUUUGCUCGAUUUUUUGUAUUUGAAUACUUGCUGUCAUUGAUACUCAUUAGUCUACAGAAUAGAAGUCCAGCAAAUUUACAGGGCCCUCUUCUAUAAAGCAUUUAUGGCCUAACCCUAUCGUAACUACAAUGCCAACCCAUGUUAAGACCUUUUACACUGUCGUGGGGGUUAAGGUCAACUUAGCCUACAAUAGUUUUAAAGGCAAAGAAAACACUGAAAUGGAGUAUAUAUCAGAUGACAAACCAUUAAGCACUGUCCCGUAAAAUAGUUUGAUUUAUGUUUUUAGCAUUUUUCCAACCGAGUAAAAUGGAUUAACACACAAGAUUCUGCAGUGGUCUGUAGUGAAUGAAAGGGUAUCAGUGACGUCACAUCCUUAUUUUUGCUAGAAGUUGGUCGCUGCGGGGCUUAUUCAGAAAGGGUAUUCAUAGAUCUAUGUGCAUAUUAUUUAGAAUGAUGAAAUCUUGCAGUAGACGGUAGACCCAGGGUCAAUCCUGAGUCGAGUCACACCGAAGACGUUAAAAGAGGAAGUUGCAGCUUCCUCGCUUGGCGUUCAGCAUAAAGGGGAUAGUGCAACGACUGGUUGACCCGUAUCAGUGUAAUGGCUCGGGGCGGGCGACUUACUUGCCUUCGGUAAGUCGUCCAAGUGAAGCAGCACUUGAUAAAAGAGCGGUGGAAAUCCGUCCUGCAACAAGGAGGCACAUUACAUACAUCCUAAGGAUUCCUUCGUCGUCAUAUGACUGCAAAACUUGUUAAAUACGACGUUAAACUCAAGUACUCUCUCACUCUAGCAGCCGGUGUUUGUUAACCUGACGUGACAUCAAAUACUCCCUAUAUGGUCAGAAAAGACCACCAUAAAAGUCAAGGUUUCAAAUUACUGGGUUGAAAAAUUUCUCAAAAGAUAAACCCAACAAUUUUUGUGGACAUUGUUUAAUGUUCUUUCAUCUGACCUGCAUUUCACGCCAGUGCGGUUUUUUUUUUUUUUGCAUUGAAAGCCAUUGCCUACGACUGCAUAACUACUGGACAACGUGCCUUAGUUAAAUUUGAAUACCACGUCGCAAAAAUAUCGCAGCUAAGCUAGUAAAAUCAACUUAAUAGCGUACAGUAUCUUUAAAGAGCAUUCCCUAAGAACAUGAAUAUAUAAAAGACUUUCAGGACUAAAUAUUGAUGAAGAUUGAAUGACCAAUUGGAUCAGGAGGACAUGGCAAAAU